AUGGCGGCGUCAAUGAUGGAAGACGAUGUGGAGUACAAGUUCGAGUGGGGCAAGAAGCGAGGCAUGGGUGGGAAGAAGAGGGAUGUGCAGUUCUACGAGUCCUUCACCUUGGAAGGCGUGCAAUUCACCCUCAACGACGCUGUUUGUCUCCAAAACGAAAGUAGCGACGUGCCCCACAUCGGAAAGCUCAUCAAGAUCUGGGAGAAUCGCGAUAAGUCCAGGAAAAUCAAGGUGCAGUGGUUCUUCCGCCGCAGCGAUAUUCUGACGUACUUGGAAGGGAUCCAAACCAAGCAGAACGAGUUGUUUCUGGCGUGUGGUGACGGCAAGGGCUUCGCCAAUGUCAAUCCUUUUGAAGCUAUUGUUGGAAAAUGCAACGUUGUUUAUAUGUCUAAGAGCACCGUGGAUUCGCAACCGUCAGAAGAAGCAAAGGCUGGUUUCGUGUGUUACCGUUUCUUUGAUGUUGUCCAACGCAAGGUAGUGGAUGAGAUAGAUAACAAGACGGUUGGAACCGAAGGAAUUAGUUCAAGUUCAAGCAGCACAAGCAUUGAAAGCAUAAGGCUGGGUCGGAGCUACACGAAACCACACUCUCAGAGGCACCGUGAUGGCACGAAGCAAGUGUGGCAAAUGCUUUGGAGAAAAAUCAAAAGGGAUAAACAGAAGAAAGGGUUUGGGAUUUAUGACCCGGAAUCAUACUCCAUGAACUUCGAUCAUGGAACUGCGUGGAUGGAGCCUGAUAACCUCCCUCGCUCCUUCUCUUCACGGUAUGCUGACCCAUCUAGGAUCCUACCUCCCACACAUUUGUUGGAUUGA